AUGUCGUCAAACGAACCCGACUACAACCGCGCGGCCGACAUGCACCGCGCGCCGCUGCACACGCCGCAGCAGAUGGCCGCCCUACUCCUCGACCUAUACACAUUCCUCACCACCCUCCACUUAGACCCGGCUGAUCUCAAGGCGGCCCCGGCGGACGGGUGGCCGGACCUGACGCCGGAGCACUGCGCGCACUUUCGCGGCGACUAUGCGCUGCAGGUCCUGCGCCAUCUGCCCUACCUCGGCGGCCGAGCACCGCAGCACCUGCACUACCAAUGCGAGGUUGUCGACUACACGGCCGUCGACCGCGCCUGGUUCGUCGAGCACCACAUGGACAGCGACACCGACGAGUGGUGGUCGACGCUCAGCCAGGUGCCCGCGGCCUGGAUGCUCCCGCUGGCGCUCGGCGUCGGCAGGGAGGCGAGCAGCUUCUACUUGAACGUUGUCGAUGCCGAGGUCUGCGAGGUCGUCUCGGGACUAGGCGACGACGGACCGAAGCCGCUGGAUGCGUGGGUCGAUGAGAUGAAGCAGCUGUUUGCGUGCUUGCGGCUGAUUCCGUGUGACGGAAAGCUGAUGCUCGUCUGCGAGGAGGUCGAGGACACGGAGGAAAGGAUUGGUGAGGACCAGUUUCGCGCGGAGGAGGGCUGUUUCCCGACCGACCUGGACGUGCGGUUUAUAAGACAGGUGUAUAGGGAGUAUGGCUGGCCAGAGAGGUUUCGGUAUAAAGAGGCUAUGGCAUAUCUGCUGCCAGUGGUGGAAGAAAUCGCCGAGGAUAAUGACGAACGGUGGUGGAUGGACCGGAUAUGA